AAAGAUGAUGACUCCAGAUUCAUAAAUGAUCGUACUCCAUUGUCUUCAAGAAUUACUUUGAAACCAAAUUAUGUUUCAUCACAAUUCGUUUCAUCAGAAACUUUUACGAUUUCGUCAUUAUAUCAUUCAUUAACCUCAAACCCUUCAGUAGGUGUUAAUUCAGAUCCGUAUUAUUCUGCAAUGCAAAGUUCAGAAUUUGAACAAUCAAAUCCUUGUUACUCUUUAGAAGACCUAUUAUGCGAAAAUUCUGAUGAAUCAGCUACUCAAGUAGCUGAAAGUAAUUCGCCGCCAGGGUCAGAUUUGGGGGCAACAGACGCUUCAGAUUUCUCAUUUUCUGGUGUCUCGCCCAUGCCUUCAAUCAUCAUGUCACUUCCGGAGACACAGUCCGAAAAGCGUUUUGAACAUGUAACAUCUUUGGGAUUUGUUGAAAUUUCAAAACUCUUUGACGGAGAAAGAACACAUUCGUCGAAUAUGAGUGUGGUAUCUGACUUUCUUCCCAAGUCCUCAGUAUUAUCAACCCCUAAAGGACAUUCACAUACCCUUUCUUUUGGAAACGCCACAUUAGAUUCCGUUAAUGCUUUUGAAACCCUUUCCUUCAACACUUCGCGUUCUGAAGAUCUCACAUAUUGGACUUACAAACACAAAAACUCUUCUGACAAUACAUCUCUGACAUUGACUGAAAUGAAGUCAUUUUCUCUUGAGAGUGCCAAGACUCGGAAGACAUCCAACAUUUCGUCUGCGUUAGCACAACGAUCAAUAUCCUCAGCGAAUAAUUCUUCAGACCAUCUGAAACGAAUCACUGUGCUGGGAUUGUUUGAGAUGACGACCCGCACUGGGGAACGAACCGAAGGCCGCAGCGAAAUGGCAGCAGCCCGUCUUGCAGUCAGCCACAUCAACGAGAAGAAUCUUCUUCCUGGCUACCAGCUGGAACUCAUCACAAACGACACUAAGUGCGACCCUGGCGUGGGAGUGGACGCUUUCUUCCACGCGUUGUAUACCCAGAAGUCAACGCGCAUGGUCAUGCUCCUAGGAACUGCAUGUUCUGACGUCACGGAGAGCCUCGCCAAAGUGAUGCCAUAUUGGAAUAUAUUGCAGGUUUCUUUCGGUUCGACGGCGCCAGCGCUGAGUGACCGUCAGGAGUUUCCCCUGUUCUACCGCACAGUGGCACCAGAUUCGUCACACAAUCCGGCCCGUCUCGCCUUCGUCAGAGGUCUAGGCUGGGACACUGUCACUGCACUCAGCCAAAAUGAAGACGUCUAUUCACUGGCAGUGAACGACCUUGUAACGGAGCUGGAGCAAGCCAACAUCACCUGUCAGGCCACAAUCACAUUCGCAGAGUCAGACUUCAAAGAUCAGCUUCGCAUGCUGCGGGAUCUUGAUACAAGGAUUAUCAUUGGUAGUUUCUCUCAUGAAGUAGCACCAAAAAUAUUCUGUGAGGCACAUCAGCUUGGUAUGUAUGGAGCAGACUAUGCAUGGAUCCUGCAGGGUGCACCCAGUGAUAUCUGGUGGGAGAAUGUAACAGAAUGUCCCCAGCACCAUCUGACAGCAGCCGUUGAAGGCUUGCUCCUUGUAUCCAGUCACAAUAGCAUAGUGGGAGUCAUGCCUUCUUAUUCUGGACUGACCAAUUCAAGAUUUCUAGAAGAGUUUGAGCUCCUCUCAUUGCCAGUGACACGCUAUGCGCCACAGACAUAUGAUGCGGUAUGGGCCAUAGCAUUAGCUCUGCGUGGGGCGCAACAAAAGUGGGAGACAUCCGAGGUUCCCAUCUCACUGCAUCAUUUUGACUACGGCCGCAAAGACAUGACGGAAGAGUUUCUGUCACAGCUUGGACAACUUGACUUCCUUGGAGUUUCGGGACCUGUAUCAUUCAGUGGAGCGGAUCGCAUUGGAAUCUCUGCUUUCUAUCAAGUCCAAGGUGGUGAGGUGUCGAAGGUUGCCCUAUUUUACCCAUCCUCUGACCACAUGGACUACUCGUGCCCUGACUGUAGACCGUUGGUUUGGCAAGGGGGUCAGGUGCCCAUUGCUAAGCGUGUGUGCAAGCUACGGGUGGUCACCAUUGAGCCUGCAGCCUUUCUCAGCAUCACCUGCCUAGCUCUUGUUGGUAUCACUCUGGCAUUUGCCUUUCUGGCUUUUAAUCUGCACUUCCGCAAACUGAAGUACAUCAAGUUGUCAUCACCACGGCUGAACAAUAUGGCAGUGGUUGGCUGUAUUCUAGUGUAUACAGCUGUCAUCCUUCUUGGUCUGGACCAUGCCACUCUGCCCACAAACACUCACUUUCCAGUUGUUUGCACAGCAAGGGUGUACCUUCUGUCAGCUGGCUUCUCUCUGGCAUUUGGGUCCAUGUUCACUAAGACAUAUCGAGUGCACCGCAUCUUCACACGGAGUCGCAGUGGAGUUGUUAAGAACAAGCUCCUUCAAGACACACAACUUAUCUCUUUGAUCUGUGUUCUGCUCUUAAUUGAUGGUUUGAUUAUGACACUGUGGGUGAUAAUUGAUCCACUCCAGCGUCACCUACGGAACCUCACUUUGGAGAUCAGCGCCUCCGAUCGUAGUGUUGUAUACCAACCUCAGGUAGAGGUAUGUCGUUCACAGUAUACCCAUGGAUGGCUGGCUGCGCUAUAUGGCUACAAGGGACUGCUGCUUAUAGUCGGAGUCUACAUGGCCUGGGAAACAAGGCAUGUGAAGAUUCCAGCUCUCAAUGACUCUCAAUACAUUGGCAUGAGUGUCUACAGUGUGGUUAUCACUAGCGUCAUUGUGGUUGUGCUAGCAAACCUUAUUUCAGAGCAAGCCACCUUGGCAUUUGUCACGAUCACAACACUUAUCUUAACAUCCACCACUGCCACACUCUGCCUUCUCUUCUUACCCAAACUUCAUGCUAUCUUAGGACGUGCAGCUGACAAUGGGGAUCCGGUAAUGCAUAGCAUGGGCCUCAAGAUAGAAUACAAUACAAGGAGGUUUGUCACAGAUGAUCAGAGAGAACUCCAAUAUCGUGUUGAAAUUCAGAACCGUGUUUAUCGUAGAGAAAUUGCAGCAUUGGAUUUGGAAAUUUGUCGUUUGAAACGGCAGUUGAUAGAGUCACCAAAUACAUCUUCAGAUUCCACAUCUGAGGAAGCAGCUUCCAAGAAGACUGAUCUUUCUCCUGAUGAGAGAGGAACUGCCCAGAAACACAAUGUGAUGGAAAUGCUGCCCUCACCCAGUGUGGGAGGAGGUCUUCCCUUGUUGUUGCUAUCAGUGCUACCUCCUGUAAUACCACGGGCUAGCUGGCCAUCAGCUGAACAUGGGAACCUUCCCAUGCGUCGUCAAGUCACAUUCAGCUCGGAACCAAAGCUGGACGAUUCGAUAGCUACAGGAGAGUCUAGCAGAAAACAGGAAUGCUACAUCAUUUGUGAUCAUCAGGAUAAUGACAUGGAAGCUUCAGGAAAACCAGGUGUCUUUAGUCGCCUCAAGAACCUGCUUGGAAGUCGACCCUCAAGUCGGAAAACAUCCACAGCUUCUUUUUCUGGUACUUCGACUGGAGGAGGCAUUGCGUCAGCUCUUCGAGUCCACAUGGGUUACUUGGCAGGUCUUGUUCCCAACAGCAACAUGGCUGCCAUGACUUCCUCAUGCAACACUAGUGUCGCAGCAUUAAACCAGUAUGGACUAAGUGGUGGGCAAUCUUCCAGAGAACUCCAUCCAUUAAAGCGCUUCUGUGGCAGAGCAGGAGGUGGAAGUGGUCCCAUCAUCAGUGUCACAUCCAAUGAUGAACCUGAAGUUAGUACCUACUUUGAUGGAGAAGAUAGUAACAGUGCAAAUAGAAGAAAGUUCUCACUAGGUAUGUGUCUUUCACAUAAAGAGGAAAAAGAUUUUGGUGCAGAUGAGAGAAGAAUUAUCUACUCGUCUGUGCAGAAGGGAAUGAUGCAGCAUCAACGUUCGCAACCAGUCCUGUCAUUCAGGGAACGAGCAAAGGGUUCCCCUCGAUUCCCACACAGAAUAGUUCCGACAUGUAGCCUCAAUGCUUUAGAGGACCGUCGCAGAAGCAGUUCAUCUGCUGGUGCUGCCAGCUAUGGUGCUAAUCCAUCUGGCAGCAAUCCCUCAUACCUUGCUAGGUGCCAGAGUAGCCAGCACCACCUGCAUGUAUCGGCACAAACCGUAGGUGGUCACGGUCAUAUGGGAGGGAAAUGUAGAUCCUUAGAAGACGCCACAAGUACGGGUGCAGGGCUGUCAAGUACUACUGGAGGCGGCAGUAACUGGAAGCCUCGGGCCGCGAGCUACAGCCCGAACUGUGACGUGUGGGCCACAGCUGAAUUUGGCAUUCCACUUAGUGAACUGGGAAACAGUGGCAGAUGCAGGGACAAAAAUAUUCCGCAGAGUGUUCAGAGAAGAGACUCACAAGUGCAGAUGUAAUUGAAAAUAUUCUUUUGUGUUACAAGGUUAUUGUGACAUCUCUGAUUGUCCACUUCUAAACACGGAAUCAGGGUUCAAAAUGCAGAUAUGUUGAUGGAUAUUGGGUCAAUCACUGAUUUUGAAACUAGCAUGAUUUAUAAGUGAUAAUCCAGAAGUGUUCAGCUUAACCUCAUUCAGUGUCACUUCCCUGAUUUGUUUAGGAUGGACUACAUAGGAGGAUUAAUAAAAUGUGUAAUAUAUAAGAAAGGCAAUCAAAAUAACAGAGAAAUGUUCUAUCAGUGCACAUCUGCCCUAUAUCAUGUACCAUUUUAUCCUUGCAUUCUCUUGGUUGGUUUGGAAAUAUAACAGCAGAGUUUGUUUUGUAAA